AUGCUUCCAAAAAAUAUCUGUUUGGGGAUCAUGUUUCUUAUUGCAACCACAGUAGGAACUAUAGCAAACCUUUUCCUCUUUACCUCUUAUAUGUUAAAAGUCCUUGCUGGUCGCAAGAUGAGUUCUUUUAUUCUCAUUUUCAUUCAGCUGACCUUGGUGAACACCAUUCUCCUUGUUACCAAGGGAAUCCCUCAAAUAUUGCAGGGUCUGGGGAGGAAGCAUUUCCUGGAUGAUGUUGGUUGUAAAGUUGUAUUUUAUCUUCGCAAAGUGAGUGAGGGCCUUUCAAUUUCUUUGACUUGCCUCCUAUGUACCUUUCAGGCCAUCACCAUCAGUCAUGGUAAUUCCAGAUGGACAAAGUUCAAAGUCAGAGUCAUACAACAUACCACCCACUGCUAUCUCUUUUGCUGGAUUCUCAAUCUGAUGAUAGAAAUUCCUGUACCAGUAAGAGUAAGAGGUCCAAAAAGCAAUAGCAACAUUAUAAAUGCAUUUGAUGAUGUAUUUUGUACUUUAGAACACAUUAUAGAUAUUUAUUUGAUAAUGACCAUUUCGAGAAAUGUGCUUUGUUUGGGGUUCAUGGGCUUUGCUAGUGGCUACAUGGUGCUUCUCCUACACAAACACCACCAGCAUGCACAGAAAAUUAGGAGCACCAACCUCUCAUCUGGAAAGCACCCUGAGAUCAGAGCCAUCCAAACUAUCCUUUUACUGAUGAACACAUUUGUCAGCUUUUAUGUGUUCACUUCUAUUUUUACUCUUUGUCUCAGUUAUUUGAAUCAAAAGUUUUCCUGGAUGUUGCCUACUGCUAUUUUUAUGUCACUAUGUUAUCCAACCAUCAGUCCCUUUGUGUUGUUAAUACCCAGAGUUCUCAGUAAUCCCUCAAUUGUCUGGAUCAAAAAAAAAAUCCUCAUUCUCACAUUGGUGUCAACUCUAAUCAUGGAGGCAUCAAUAGAACCUCAAUGA